AUGGUUUUAGCAGAUCUAGGAAGACGUAUUAAUUCAGCUUUAGCACAAAUUAAUAAAGAACCUGUUAUAGAUGCAAAAGUUCUUGACGCCCUUCUAAAAGAGAUUUGCGCUGCCUUAUUAGCGGCUGACGUCAAUGUGCGUUUAGUUAGUACACUUAGAAAUAAUGUUAAAAAUACCGUUAAUAUUCAAGAACUUGCUGCCGGUAUAAAUAAACGUAAACUUAUACAAAAAGCUGUUCUUGAUGAACUAUGUAAACUAGUUGAACCCGGUGUUGAACCUUAUAAGCCCAAAAAAGGCAAAGUAAAUAUAAUUAUGUUUGUUGGAUUACAAGGUAGUGGAAAAACUACCACUUGUACCAAGUUGGCAUAUCAUUAUCAACGUAAAGGUUGGAAAGUUUGUUUAGUUUGUGCUGAUACUUUUCGUGCUGGUGCUUUUGAUCAAUUAAAACAAAAUGCCACCAAAGCAAAAAUACCAUAUUUCGGAAGUUAUACAGAGACGGAUCCAGUACAGAUAGCACAUGAAGGAGUAGAGAAAUUUAAAAAAGAAGGGUUUGAAAUAAUUAUAGUUGAUACAUCAGGUAGACAUAAACAAGAAUUCGAAUUAUUUGAAGAAAUGAAACAAAUAUCAGCUGUAGUUAAUCCAAAUAAUACAAUAUUUGUAAUGGAUGGUACAAUUGGUCAAGCUGCUGAAUCACAAGCAAAAGCAUUUCAUGAAGCAGCAGAAAUUGGUUCAAUUAUUAUUACAAAAAUGGAUGGUCAUGCAAAAGGUGGUGGCGCAAUAUCAGCUGUAGCUGCCACACGCAGUCCAAUUAUAUUUAUCGGUACUGGUGAACAUUUACAUGAUUUAGAAAGAUUCGAACCGAGAAGAUUUAUACAAAAAAUGUUAGGUAUGGGUGAUAUAUCAGGUUUAAUGGAGACAGUACAAGAUUUGAAAUUGGAUCAAAAUAAGAAUUUAAUUAAAAAUUUGGAACAAGGUAUUUUUACUAUAAGAGAUAUGUAUGAACAAUUUCAGAAUAUAUCACAAUUAGGUCCUCUAUCAAAAAUGAUGCAAAUGAUGCCAGGUAUGUCAGAAAUGAAUUUUGAGGGUUCUGACGAAUUAGGUGCACAAAGAAUAAAAAGAUUAAUGACUAUAAUGGAUAGUAUGAACGAAACAGAAUUGGAUAGUGAUGGUAAAUUAUUUCAUACUCAACCAAAAAGGAUUCAGCGUGUUGCACGUGGUAGUGGUACUAGCGUAAGAGAAGUUGAAGAAUUAUUAAUACAGCAUAAAGCUUUUCAAGGUAUGGUUAAAAAAUUUGGUGGCAAUAAAGGUUUAUUUAAAGGUAUGGGUGCUCCCGGUAUGGAUGGUUCAAAAUCAUCUCAGCAAAUGAUGUCUCAAAUGCAAAGAAUGAUGCCUCGUGGUAUGAAUAUGAAUGAUAUGAUGAGACAAAUGAUGGGAGGAAUGGGUGGUGGUGGAUUAGGUGGUGGAUUAGGUGGUAUGCCAGAUCUAAGUCAAAUGCAGAACAUGAUGAAACAAAUGGGUCUUGGUGGCAUGCCUGGUAUGGGUGGUAAUCGUAGAUAA